CGAGGUCUAUCCACCACUGGUGUGCGAAUGUCACAUCAAACGAGUUCUCAUCGGCCCAUCAAGCAGGUCUUCUGGGAUAGACGUACGCGUACGAAUCACAAUGGGUACUUCUGGAAUUGAGCAGUGUCUCCCUCGAAUUCGCUACUCCGCGCUCGAUUUGAACAGCAUACCCGACGCCGUCCAAGUUCCAAUGUGUCCCUCGAUUUAUCCAUGCAUACAGCAAGUGCUAACAACAACAUGUGCUCAAGAGUUCUCACUUCAACGUUUACGACCUAGCUGAAUUGAAUCGCUGCCUGACCAACCGACUGACUGACUGACUGACCGAACACCAAGUAACGUAGCCAAGUAACGUAGAAAUUGUUGGUGGAUGUUGGUGGUGGGGGCUCUUCUCUCGAUUAUUCAGCCUCCUGUAACCUCUGGAUCUCGGAUUGUGGCAGCCAGUCAGUGUGGACUGGGCCAGCUUGGAGUUCGUCGACCGGACUCUCCGACCAUUUGAGCUAUCCUCGAACACGCCUCCCCUUUGAGCCAGCUACACCACCACCACCACCACCACCCAUCUCCCCCUUUUCGUGUCCUCACUCCCUUUGAUCACAUCACAAGCAGCAUGGACUUUCUCGUGGAUAAGUACCACCACUACGCUGCUUUAUAUGACCAAGUUUGGGAGUUGCGGGACCGCCGCAUGGAUGGAUGGCCCAUGAUGAGUAGUCCUUUGCCGACCAUCUUUUUGUGUCUUUCCUAUGUGUACAUAGUGAAAGUGUGGGGCCCCAAUUACAUGAAGGACCGAAAACCAAUGGAAUUGCGGGGAUUCCUCAUCGUCUACAACCUAUUGCAGGUCAUUCUCAGCACGUACAUCUUCGUGGGCCUCAUCAUGGCGGGUUGGGGUGGUCAAUAUAGUUUCCGUUGUCAACCUGUGGAUUACUCCAACGAUCCUCAGGCUCUCGCGAUGAUCUGGUGUUGUUGGUUGUAUUACAUGAGCAAAUUCACCGAGUUCUUUGACACGUUCUGCUUCGUGGCCCGGAAGAAGUUCAAUCAGGUAUCGCUCCUUCAUGUGGUUCAUCACGGAAUCAUGCCGCUCUCGGUUUGGCCUGGUGCCCGCUUUGUCCCUGGUGGACACGCUUCGUUCUUUGGUCUCCUGAACACAUUCGUGCAUAUUUUCAUGUACUUUUACUACUUCGUGGCUGCUCUCGGACCAGAAUACAAGAAGUACAUCUGGUGGAAACAGCACAUGACCACACUUCAGAUGGUCCAAUUUGUGGGUAUCAUGGUCCAUGGGUUCCAAUUGGUUCUCUAUGAUGAUUGCAAGUUCCCAUGGCAAUUCUCGUACUAUAUUGGCGCUCACGCCAUUAUGUUCUUCAUUCUCUUCUCCCAAUUCUACGUCCAAGCCUAUCUCAUGCCUAACAAAUCCAAGGCUGCCUCAAAAUCCUCAAGAAAUGGAAAGUCGAAAGCCCACAAGGAAUAAUAGGAAAGGUCCAACUGAACCAAUUCAUCCCUCAACACUCAAGAUGGUAAAAAAUAUGUCUGAAGUUAUUUCCUCAACGACAAAGACGACCAACCACAUUUUGUGUCCUCUCUCGGAUUCAGACAACAAUGAUUUGAGGAUUUCGAAACUAAUACGCUAGCUUUACAUUCAAGCAGAUGGAGAGCGAGUUUUACAGUUGAAGAAACCAUUUGAUAUGAACUUGUGGUGAAAUAAAUAUUUGACUGUAAAUGUA